AUGAGAAAGCUGAAGUUCCACGAGCAAAAGCUUUUGAAAAAAGUUAACUUCCUCGAGUGGAAGAAGACAAACACUACAAGGGAACAAUUAGUUACAACAAAAUAUCUAUUGAAGGAAAGAGAUGAAUAUAAAAAGUACAAUCUAGUAGUGGGAAUGAUCAAAAAGCUAUCAGAAACAUUGAGUAGACUAAGUGAUAAUGACCCAACAAAGUUAGUUGUUGCCAAAAAGCUAAUAAACUUGCUUUAUGAUGCUGGUAUAAUAUCAGAAAGGAAGCUUGUCGAGUGUACGAAAGUUAAUGUUAGUUCGUUUUGUGAGCGUAGACUGCCAAUGGUUAUGGUCAAAAAGAAAAUGAUCAAAACAUUUAUUCAUGCGGAUGAAUUUGUUCAACAUGGGCAUAUUAGAGUUGGAAUAAAAACAGUAAAUGACCCAAGUGUCUUAAUCUCACGCACUAUGGAGGAUUUUGUCGCAUGGGUAGACAGUUCAAAGGUUAAGAAAAAGAUAGAUGAAUUUAAUGAUAGGCAAGAUGACUAUAACUUUAUUUCAUAA